AUGGUGGGCGAGAAGGUUCUACUUAGAGUUUUGCCUAUAAAGAGCGUGAUGAUCUUUGGGAAGAAGGGCACGUUGAUCCCGAGGUUUAUUGGUCCUUUCAAGUUAUUGGAGAGAGUCGGUGAGGUUGCCUACAGACUUGCUUUGCCUCCUAGUCUUUUGCCUCCUAGUGUUCAUGUUUAUAUGCUUCAGAAGUAUCAUGAAGAAGAGUCACAUAUUUUGGAUUUCAUCACAGUGCAGUUGGAUGAGAAUAUGGCGUAUGAGGAGGAGCCGGUGGCCAUUUUGGAUAGGCAGGUUCGGAGGUAUGACUCUAAACCCGUUCGUUGA